CAAGCAAACUGUAUUACGGUAAAGUUUGUUAAAUUCGUGUCGCUUGUGUAGGUACGCCCAUGGCAAUAUAAACUCACACAAAACAUAACUAUGAAAAUUAUCUGACAAAACAGUUUUGAUUUUUAUUUUUUAUUUUGUUUCUGUUUUUGUUUUUUGUGUAUGUCCUCAAUCUUGAAUAAAAUGUCUUUAAGUGCGAGCGCAGAAAAUCUGUCGACUGAUGCUCAGAGUUGUGAUGGAGGUUCAAUGUGCCUUGAACUGGCGUUGGAGGGUGAACGGUUAUGCAAAGCAGGCGACUGCAGGGCGGGGGUGGCCUUUUUCCAGGCCGCUAUCCAAGCUGGCACAGACGAUCUGCGAACCCUUAGCGCUAUAUACAGCCAAUUAGGAAAUGCCUAUUUCUACUUAGGUGACUACACAAAGGCUAUGCAAUACCAUAAACAUGAUUUAACUUUAGCUAGAACAAUGAAUGAUAAACUCGGUGAAGCUAAAGCUUCCGGUAACUUAGGUAACACUUUAAAAGUUAUGGGGAAAUUUAAUGAAGCGAUACAGUGCUGCAAGCGGCACUUGGAGAUAUCUAGGUCUCUUGGUGAUAGACUGAGUGAGGGUCGCGCGUUGUAUAACUUAGGCAAUGUAUACCACGCACAGGGGAAGCAGUUAGGAAGAGUUGGACAAAACGACCCAGGUCAUUUUCCUCAAGAAGUGCGUGAUUGUCUUCUACAAGCUGUUGCAUAUUAUGAGGAGAACCUCGAACUUAUGAGAAGUCUAGGUGAUAGACAAGCGAUGGGCAGAGCCUGUGGCAACCUGGGCAACACUUGCUACCUUCUAGGUGAUUUCACAAGGGCUAUACGAUACCAUACCGAGAGACUGAGGAUAGCUCAGGAGGUCGGAGAUAGGGCUGCCGAGCGAAGGGCAAAUAGCAACUUGGGAAACUCACACAUAUUCCUAGGACAGUUUGAAAAUGCAGCAGAACAUUAUAAACGUACCCUGGCUCUAGCUGAGGAAUUAGGAGACUCGGCUGUCGAGGCCCAAGCAUGCUAUUCUCUUGGUAACACUUACACUCUUCUACGAGAAUAUCGCAUCGCAGAGGAAUACCACGCUCGUCAUCUAUCAGCGGCAAGAAAAUUGCAAGAUAGAGUCGGAGAAGGCAGGGCUUGCUGGUCUUUGGGUAAUGCUCAUGCGGCCUUGGGCAACCAUGAAAAAGCACUGUAUUAUGCUAAGGAACAUUACAACAUCUCUAAGGAGCUAGGAGAUGUUCUCGGAAUGGCCACAGCCCAGAUGAAUAUCGGGGACCUUUGUAAAGUCCUAGGGCUCCCAGUUGAUGCAGCGCCUUCGCCUCCUCAGAUAACUCCAGAUGGUAAGAAACGGGAGGGUGAAGACAAAGAAAUGGUCCGUGGUGAAUCAGAAGAAGGCGAUAACCCCGAGAUGUUCAUGGAGCUGGUGGCCAAGUGUCAGUCAGAUAGGAUGGAUGAGCAGAGAGCUAGCCUCGAUAAAGAGAACAGACCGAGAAAGCUACAGCGUUCUUCUAGCAGUGGGAAUAAGAAUCCCCCCUCCGAGAACAUGCUCGAGAUGCUUAAUAUGAUUUCGAGUCUGCAGUCGGAGCGAAUGGACUCCCAGAGGGCGGAGUUGCGUCCGGUCACGAAGACUGGUACAAAACCAACGAACAAGGCAACAUCGUUACCUGGCCUGCGUCCUCUGCAGACGACAAGCACAAGGCCCGAGGACGAUUUUAUGGAAAUCAUUGCUCGGGUUCAAGGCUCAAGGUUAGACGAUCAACGCUCAGAGCUUCCAGCCCCGAAGCCCAAGGAACGUCCCCCACUGGACGAUGAUUUCUUCUCGUUGAUAAUGCGGGCGCAAUCUGGACGAAUGGAAGAUCAGAGGGCCAGCAUCCCGCUUAAGGAAACUGGAAACAAAGCAUCGAAUUCCAAAAAGUAAAACUGUAGCACAUUAUAAUGAAGUAAACAUUUUAAACGACCUGAAAACGACAUCUCUCUCCAAUUAUUCGAAACCGAAUUAUUUUACCCUUUAAUUCGCUUUUACCCAACUUUUACGAAUUGUCAAUUAAUUUAUAAAUUUCUUAAUGUUAUUUUGACCAAUUACAUAAUUGGAUCGAACACAAAAAUUAAUAAAUAUUACGAUCUUGACGUUAGCAGAUUCGCAAUAUUAAUAUAAAA